GAGGAAGAAGAAGAAGAAGACGAAGAAGAAGUCUUGUGGUGUCAGUGGGUUGAAGAUGGCGGCUGCCGUGGUGAGGACUCUUGGAUCCACUUUGAGUAAAAACCUCCGAGAGCUCCGUGUCCACUUGUGUCAGAGCUCCGGGAGCAGCGCGGGGGCCCGGGACUUUGUGGAGCAGCACUAUGUGACAUUGAAGAAAGCCAAUCCAGGUUUCCCGAUCCUGAUCAGAGAAUGUUCUGGAGUUCAGGCUCAACUCUGGGCACGAUACGAUUUCGGGGCUGAACGCAGCGUCUCUGUGGACAACAUGACAGCUGAUCAGGUGGCCAAAGUCCUGCAGGCCCUGGUUCAGACCAAACCCUGAUCUGAUGGUCCAGGUUCUGAUGUGAAUGAACAGGAUGACUAUAAAUGACAUUUAUGUGCUUUUCAAAAUAAAGUUCCACUGUUCCUUUAA